CCCGGCGGCCACGUCUCCCGGAAGAUGGAGCCGAGGGGCCGCGUCUGGCCUGCGGUCUCUGCGUAGCCGCCGCGGGCCCCUCGUCCCGCGCCGGAGCUGCAGGGCACGGGGGAGGAGCUCAUGGUUUUGGAGUUUCAGUGUUGUCGAUCAGUAGGCAUCCAUUAUGUCUUGGCUUGUUGAUCUUGCUGGCAGGGCAGAGGAUCUUCUUAACAGAGUUGAUCAAGGGGCUGCAACAGCUCUGAGUAAAAAAGAGACUGCAGGCAAUGCAAUAUAUAGUACUAAGAACUUGGGAUCUGCCAGUGAAUAUCCUGAAUCACAGCAGCAAACCAGAGAAUUGAAGCAUCAGACUUCAUCGAAAGCAGCCUAUAUCUCUUCAGCAGCUGAUAACAUUAAACAGAAGGCUACGAUCCUAGCAGGAACGGCAAAUGUCAAAGCAGCAUCCAGGACCUCUUUGGAGGCCUCUCCUCCAACAGAAAGUGUUUCCACACCCAGACCUUCCUCACAAUUUGUGAGAAGGAAAAAGUCUGAACCUGACGAUGAGCUCUUGUUUGAUUUUCUCAAUAGUUCUGAGAAAGAACCAAAUGGAAGGAUGGAGUCUAAAAAGGAGAAGAGUAAAGCUCUUCCAAAUCACUCUCGGACUUCAAGCAUCGGUUCUGUGUCUGCCAGCGCACAGUGUGUGAAAACAACUGAAGACAACUCCAGCAAGAGUCAAGGCCAUGAUACCCCUGACAGUUCAGAUUCUGGAUUGGGAGCACAAGCGGACCCUACAAAAGAUGCAUUGUUAAAUACAACAGCUAAUUCUAAUUCAGCUAAUGACGAUUGCAAGUCACACGAGCUAUCCAAUCUUCGCCUGGAGAAUCAACUGCUGCGGAAUGAAGUUCAGUCUUUAAAUCAAGAAAUGGCUUCAUUAAUUCAAAGAUCCAAAGAAAUGCAAGAAGAACUAAAUAAAGCCCGAACAAGAGUAGAAAAGUGGAAUGUUGACCAUUCAAAGAGUGACAGGGUGGUUCGAGAACUAAGAGCUCAAAUUGAUGACCUUACAGAAGCUGUUGCUGCCAAGGAUUCCCAACUGGCUGUGCUUAAAGUGCGGUUGCAGGAAGCUGAUCAGCUAUUGAGUUCUCGGACAGAGGCUUUGGAAGCAUUGCAGAGUGAAAAAUCACGAAUAAUACAAGACCACAGUGAAGGGAACAGCCUGCAAAAUCAAGCACUUCAAACUCUGCAGGAGAGGCUACGUGAUACAGACUCUGCACUGAAGCGGGAACAAGAAGGUUACAAACAAAUGCAGAAUGAGUUUGCAGCUCGUCUCAGUAGAAUGGAAGUUGAGCGUCAGAACUUGGCAGAAGCAGUAACUGCAGCAGAAAAAAAGUAUUUGGAUGAAAAAUGGAGAGCUGAUGACCUUCAGCAGCAAGUCAAAGUAGCUAAGAACAAUUUGGAGUCUGCAAAACAAGAACUGGUGGACUACAAACAAAAGGCUACUCGCAUACUCCAAUCAAAAGAAAAGCUGAUAAACAGUCUAAAGGAAGGCUCUGGUAUUGAAGGUCUGGAUAGCCAUACUGCAAGCACCAUGGAGCUAGAAGAACUGAGACAUGAAAGAGAGACACAGAAGGAGGAAAUACAAAAACUAAAGGGGCAGAUGCAGCUUCUGAGAACAGAGCUACAGGAUAUGGAGACUCAGCAGGUAAAUGAAGCUGAAUCAGCAAGGGAGCAGCUUCAGGACUUACAAGAGCAAAUAGCAACACACAAAAUGGCCAAGCAAGAAGUGGAGGCUGAAUUGGAACGGCAAAAGCAGGAGCUCCAUUACACUGAGGAAGAGCUGUAUCGGACAAAAAAUACUUUACAAAGCAGAAUAAAAGACAGAGAGGAAGAAAUUCAGAAACUGAGAAACCAGCUCACAAACAAGACUUUGAGUAGUAGUAGUCAGACAGAGUUAGAAAAUCGGCUUCAUCAACUGACAGAAACUCUUAUUCAGAAGCAGACCAUGUUGGAGAGCCUCAGUACAGAAAAAAAUUCCCUUGUCUAUCAAUUGGAACGUCUUGAGCAACAGCUUAAGAACAUUCAAGGCAGUAGUACUAAUGGACCAUCCAUUAAUAUGGCAGGAAUUGACAGUGGUGAAGGCGCUCGAAUGCGGAAUGUUCCUGUUCUUUUUAGUGACGUGGAUGGUAACAUAGCAGGGAUGUAUGGGAGAGUUCGCAAAGCUGCCAGUAGCAUAGACCAGUUUAGCAUUCGAUUGGGAAUAUUUCUCAGACGGUAUCCCAUUGCAAGGGUGUUUGUAAUCAUUUAUAUGGCAUUGCUUCACCUCUGGGUCAUGGUCGUUUUGCUUACUUACACCCCAGAAAUGCAUCAUGAUGGUCCAAGCGGGAAAUAGACUUUAUGCUAAUAGCGUAUAAAUUUUGGAUUGACAGUGUGUUUAAAGUGACCAGUACUGAAAUGUCAGCAAACUUUCCUGCACAUUAUCUAAAGGAGGAGUAACAACCAUCAUGCCUGUUUUAUCAUUACUUCUAAAAAUUUAAAUUAAUAUAAAGUACUAUGCUAUACAGCUUCUUCAGUUUCCUUAAAGCAGUCCGAGUUUCCUGGAAAAAGACAGUUGUUGAGCCAAGCCAGGUUUAGCAUUUGGAUUUUACAUAAACCUUGGAAUGGUUCAUGUGCAAAGUAAGAUUCACACCUGCAGAGAAGUAACAAAGAUUUCAAAGAUUAGCUGUGUAUGGGACAUGCUGUAUUGUAGAUCAUACUGGAUAUGGACUAUGAUCAGGGAAACUAGUUGUACUUAGCAAUUUAAAUAAACUUUAUUCUUUCUGUUGUUUAGUCUGCUUUUGCACUUCUGUUUUAAAGUGUAUAUUCAGAUUAGUUGUUCUUUAACAUGUUAAUGCUGUAGAAUUGACAACGGAUCAGUGCAAUAUUUUUUUGUAAAUAUCUUUAAAAAUAAAAUAUGCAUUCUUCUUAGUUUUGUCCUUUUAGCACAAAAAUUUUAGUAUUAAAUCUGAAAUAUGGAAUUUUACAGUGUACAACAUGCAUUUUAAGCCACAUUAUAGUUAACUUGUCAUUUAACGCGUUAAUUUUACCAUAAAUAGUAACAGUGUUACACGUUUAGCUAACUUAUGGUGCCAUAAAGUAGCAAACCAGCCACAAAGUUAUUCAUCAAAUAUUGUGGAACAUAUUUUGUGGCUUGUUUGUAUGUUACUAUAAAUUUGAAUGUGUAGCACCCCUGAGGCUGAUGCUAACAAUCAGCUGAUUGCAAGCAUCAGCUUGGGAAUGGGGUUGGCAUAGGGACAGCCCUAGUCCUGAUGCCCAAAAACUGCUGCCAGGAGGGAGUGGGUUGCAAGGUUGCCUGGUAGGGGAUGCUAUGGGACUCUGGACACUAGGAACUUGGAAUCCCUGAACCUGGCAGCCUUUCCUAUCUAGCAAGGCACUUAAAAAUGCUGAGUUGUGGGGAGCUGGGUCAAACACACACUUUUUAGAUGCCACCGAGCAUAAGGAUCCUGGGCUGGGGGAGAUGCGCCCCCAAUCCAAGGGUCCCAGUAUGCCAGAAUUUCUGAGAGCCAUGCAUGCAGCUAGGUUGUUGCUGGGCAGGCUGACAAUCAACUGAUUAUCAGACUUGCCCUGAUAGACCUCAGUCUCAAAUCCACCCAGGACUGCUGGGGCCAGUACAACAAUGAGUUGAUUGUCAGACCCAGCCCCAACUGCCCAAGGUCUUGAACUGGACUUGGGACUGCUCGGACCAGGUCCAACAGUUAGCAGAUGCACAUCCGGCAUGGCAGGAGGUGUGAUGUUUGGAAUGUGGCAUAAAAGUUCUCCGAUCCCAAUUGUACCAUCAUUAACCUCUGACAGGGAUCUAGGCUCUAAAGAGAAGUUGCAUUAAUCUAUUUUGAAAACUGCCAGUUUCUUACACACUUUGGGUAAUUUUAUAUUUGUACUUACUACUUUUUAUUUUGUAUCAUCAACUUAUUUAUUUAGUUUUCUAUGAUUUUUUGUCUGAAAUCUGAAGUACUUAAUUAAAACAUGGUUUCUGUACAAAUACAUAUUCGCCCACAAUUUCAGAAACUAUAUAUCUAAUCACUUAUCAGAUUUGGUAAACAUGUCUCAUUAGAUAAUGAUAAAAGCAAUUACCCCAAAAUAAGGAGACUGUAAUUCUUGUUAGCCCUGUGGCAUUAGUAAAUUCUUGAUACACUGGGACAAUGAUAUAAGGUCCUUUUCAAGGCCUUCUAUUGAGGGACUGCUAUUCUAUGCAUGGAAAACUGAGUAAUGAAAAGAUGACUAAGGUAAUUUAUUACUCCUACUCUACUGAAUGUGCUUAAAUCCCAUGAAAGCCAAACCACAGACCAAGCAUGAAUCUUGUUCACGAAUCUUGUCAUGUGAACCGCUACAAAAAAUAAAGUAUUGUGUUUUUCUUUUAUUGAUUCAAA